AAUUCUAGUAUCUUGUCUGUGAUAUUUCGGCAAAAAAUAAUUGACGUGUUUGUUUCUCAUAUCAUUUUUCACUGAGUUUUGCUCACGAUUAAACGCUAAGAUCUCAAUUAUUACAGAUUUUUUCAAAUUCUAAUUCUAAGUCGCUAAACUAUUAUAAAAAUGAUGUGUUCACGGUUGUUGGGUGUGAUAUUAUUGAUAACUGGCUCAUAUGCUUUAUACGACUCAUCAUCAGAUGUUGUAGAAUUGACACCAGGUAAUUUUGAAAGACUAGUUAUAAAUUCAGACGAGGUUUGGAUCGUUGAAUUUUUUGCUCCAUGGUGCGGACACUGUAAAAAUCUUGUUCCUGAAUAUAAGAAAGCUGCUCGAGCAUUAAAGGGAAUAGCAAAAGUAGGAGCUGUAGAUGCAGACCAAUACAAAGAUCUGGGUCAAAAAUAUGGAGUUACAGGUUUUCCAACAAUCAAGAUUUUCACUGGAAGCAAACAUACUCCUUACCAGGGACAAAGAACUGCUGAAGCAUUUGUUGAUGCCGCACUUAAAUCUGCAAAGGAAAAGGCAUAUGACAAUCUUGGAAAGAAAGCCAGCAGUUCUUCUGACAAGUCUGAUGUGAUCACACUCACAGACAGCAACUUCAAAGAGCUAGUGUUGGACAGCGAUGAAAUGUGGCUAGUUGAGUUCUAUGCUCCAUGGUGCGGUCAUUGCAAAAACCUCGAACCACACUGGGCUAAAGCGGCCACCGAACUUAAGGGCAAGGUCAAAUUAGGUGCACUUGAUGCGACAGUUCACACAGUUAUGGCAUCUCGCUACCAAGUUCAAGGAUACCCAACCAUUAAGCUGUUCACCUCAGGCAAGAAGACAAGUGACUCUGUAGAAGAUUACAACGGAGGAAGGACUUCCAGCGACAUUGUGACCUGGGCUAUGGAAAAAUUAGCUGAGAAUGUUCCUGCACCAGAAAUUAUUCAGGUGGUAAACUCGGAUACUAUGAAGGCGUGCAGCGAGAAGCCUCUCUGCGUGGUGGCCGUGUUGCCGCACAUCCUGGACUGCGACGCCGCAUGCCGCAACGGAUACCUGACAGUGCUCGCGCGACUCGGGGACAAGUACAAGGCCAAGAUGUGGGGAUGGGUUUGGGCUGAAGCUGGUGCUCAAACAGCAUUAGAGGAGGCUCUCGAACUCGGCGGCUUCGGCUACCCAGCGAUGGCAGUUGUUAAUGCUAAGAAACUCAAGUUUUCAACACUACGAGGUUCCUUCUCCGAGUUGGGAAUUAAUGAAUUCCUUAGGGACCUCUCCUUCGGCCGUGGUCAAACUGCUCCAGUGAAAGGUGCAGAGAUGCCUAAUAUUCUUACAACAGACCCUUGGGAUGGCAAAGACGGAGAACUGCCCCAAGAGGAGGAUAUUGAUCUUUCAGACGUUGACCUUGAGAAGGAUGAACUAUAAGUGCAAUAAAGUGGACAGAGUGAAUUCAAGUGUUUCAAAUGAAAAAAAAACUUUUUUAUAAUUACUCUUAGUAAGUUACACUACUUAAAAUAUAUGUUGUGUGAGUAAAGCUAGUUUUUAUAUAAUGUGAAGUAAUUAUUAAAAUUUUGUACACAAAUGGAUUGAAAUGUAUUACCAAAACUUUAAAUUCCAAUGAUAUGCUGUUUCUGUUUUACAUUGUAAUCAAUUUCCUAACAAAUGUACACAACAAUACUAUCAUCACAUUCCCCAGUUUAUAUCUGUGGUAUGCCAUUAUAGUUGAUAAUCUCACACUCAUUAUAUGACUAUGACAAAUAUUUUUAUGCAUUUUUUACUAGUUUAAGACUGCUGUUGUAAGCUGAUAUAAGAUUAAAAAUCAGUUUUUUAGUUAUUUUGUUUCAAUAUUACUGUCAGAUAGAUCAGACGUGUAUCUGAUAUUUUUAAAUGGCAGUUUAUAUACAUUUAACACUUUAAUAAUUUAUAUGUUAUACAAUAGAUAAUAAAUCUGGUUACAUAUCUUCCACAUUAAUUAAAUUUUGAGUAUUUAAUGUGCCCAGAAUAUUUUAAGAAAAUAAAUUGCUAAU